AUGAAGUCCCUCGUCUCGGGAUCGUUGGCGGCUCUUGCCGUCUAUCUCACUGCAUUUGCCCAUGCACAGGUUCCCUCUUCAACCGUCCCGGUCGUCGACCUUGGCUACGUCAAGUAUAGCGGGUACCAGAACGCAACUGCUGGCAUCAACUACUAUCGUGGCAUCCGCUACGCCGCGGCUCCGACGGGAGAACUACGCUGGGCAAAACCCGUGCCGAUCGAGUUUGCGAACAACUACAGCGGACGGACCAUAAACGCCUCGUCCCUCGGUCCAGCGUGCUACCAAUCGUCUGCGCGAGGCGCCUAUUCUGCGCCGAGCGCACCGCAAGGACAAUCGGAAGACUGUCUGCUGUUGGACGUCCUGGUACCGGCGCAGCCUGUUUCGACAGCCCUGCCUGUGCUUUUCACCAUCCACGGCGGCGGCUAUGUCGGAGGGAGCGCCCCCUUCUCCUACCCCGGCGACGCCCUCGUGAACCGCUCCAACGGCAACAUCAUCUACGUGGGCAUCCAGUACCGGCUGGGCAUGUUCGGCUUCAUGGGCGGCGACGUCGUGGCCGAGAACGGAGCACUGAACGCGGGCCUCCUGGACCAGCGCACAGCCAUGGACUGGGUCCAGCGCAACAUCCGAGCCUUUGGCGGUGAUCCCGCUCGAGUCACCAUCUGGGGAGGCUCAGCCGGCGGCGGCAGCGUCUCGUGCCACCUCAUCGCAAACGGCGGGUCGGAUUUUGCGCCCUUCGCUGCCGCCAUUUCCGACCAUCCCUGGUGGCAGCCGUUCGCCAACAAAAGCACGCAGAACACGCAAUAUAACACGGCCUUGAGCCUGUCGGGCUGCGCCGACCUAAACUGCCUGCGAUCUCUCCCGUCAGACACGCUGGGCACGCUCAACCAAGCGGUCAUCAACGCGACGUACCCGGGGCCCGGCAACGCGUACGGCGUCUUCUACUGGGGUCCUGUGGUCGACGGAAAGUUCAUCCGCGACCUGCCGGACCAGGAAUUCGCCAGGGGAAACUUCUACAAGGUGCCGCUGAUCACGAACCGCGACGCCUACGAGGGCGUGACGUUCUCCAACAUGACGCAGACGUCCCAGGUGGAUGAGACCACGGAUGCCCGAUCCCUCUUCCCCUUCGCGGGCCCCUCGUUCUUCUCGCGCCUCUACUCGCUCUACCCGCGCGCCUCGUUCAACAGCACCUUCUUCCAGCGCGUGACCUGGUUCGGCGACUUCAUCAUCAACUGCCCCACAUACUACAUGGCCUCGAGCAUGGUCGACGCGCUGUCCAACUCGUCGGCCGUCUUCAAGUUGACUUUUGCCGCCGGCUCGGAACUCCACGGCGCGACCAACCCGUUCAUCUCGUCCAACGUGACGAAUUACCCGUCCGCGAACAAUUUGAGCCUCGCGCACAUCAUGACCAGCUACUGGGUGUCGUUUACGGUGUUUCAUGACCCGAACCCGCUCCGGGACGUCGCUUCGGGUGCGCCGUUCUGGCCGAGUUAUGUCUCGGGCGGGCAGGGGAGUCUCGCGGAGGGGGAGGGCGUGGGGUUCACGGUGCAGGCCGUGAAUUAUAAUGAUAUCACGCCUGUCCAGGAUCCGGAUGCGAGCCAGCGGUGCGAUUUCUUCAAUAGUAGGGGCUGGCAGGUUAGGAAUUGA